GCGGGAGUUCAUUUAUGCUCCGUCCAGCCCCUCUGCAAUCCGUCUUCCCAAGAGGAUCGUCCUAGUCCGUCCCCGUCCCAUCAUAAUCAAACUGACUCGAGCGCACCGCACAGAGAAUUCCGUCUGGUGUCAACGGCGGCCUAGCGACUCCGGAAAUCCUGGCCUAACCCAUUCUCUACUAGUUCGGUGGUUCUCUCUGGGAAAUAAUCCCGCAUGGCGCAUGCAGCUCCCCUAGCCACCCCGGUCGAUAAUUUCUCGCCGGAAUCCAAUCCUACCCUGCUAUUUAUAUUCUCCUCGUCGGUAACGAGACUUACAGAUGCACCGUCCGGACGCAUUUACGUAGGAUGUGCUCCGUAUGCACAUGGCAGUAAAUUAACGUCCCUCUCACCGCGGCUGUGCGUCGGCACCUCUCGCCCUUGCAUGCAUGCAUCCUGCCUUCCCCUGCCCUGCACUCAUAUCGACAUGGAUCGAACCAAUCUGAUGGUCGAAAAGAAACCUUUUUUUUCUCCCAUCUCCCCACCCGGUUGGUUUGGGCAACCAAUUCGCCUCCAGAGUAGCGAUGGGUCAGGGGCGUUCCACUACUUUGGGCCGCUCGGAAACUUCGAGGCCCAACCCGUUGAUUUUUUUUUUUUUUUUUUUGGUUCUUCAUUUUCCCCUCUCCUCUAACUUUUUACUAUUAUUCUUCAUGUAUUGGCCUGUUCUCUUGCUGUGGUUUUGAUGAUAGGAUCCUUACAGGGCGAGGGAUAUCCAUGAUCGCUCCGGAGAAUGCUAAGAUAGAUCGGUUCGGACGUAACCAGAUACCACGAUGGAGCAUACAAUCUUCUAGAAUUAUGAAAACUGGACAUAGUCGUCUUCUAGUC